AUGACCGUCAACCACCAAGACGGCCAAAACCAUGACUUGCUUUUCCAAUAUACAACGGGGCGGUGGCUUUGGAACGAAGCAACGCACUUGUCGGCUCGUUAUGUGAAGUUCAAUGUUGGCGCUCUUUGCCAGGUGGCAGCAGACUCUGUCGGCUCUCGCUCGUGUAGCGACAUCACAAAGCUGACAGAAGGCAACUUCAAUAAAGUCUUUCUUCUAACCAUGGAUGAUGGGAAGGAGGUCAUUGCAAAAAUACCCAAUCCCAAUGCCGGACGUGCUCACUUUGUGACAUCCAGCGAGGUCGCCACGAUGGACUUUGUCAGGAACCGUUUGCAUAUACCAGCCCCAAACGUAUACGCGUGGUGUUCCGAUGCGAGCAGAAGCACAGUCGGCGCGGAGUACAUCAUCAUGGAGAAAGUCCCCGGAGCUCAGCUCUCCAGGUUUUGGGACGAGAUGGAGGUCAUGCAAAAGUCAAAGGUCGUAGCGAACAUUGUCCGGUUCGAAAAAUCUCUUGCACAGAACCCAUUUUGCGAGUAUGGAAGCUUGUACUAUUCCGAUGGUGAUACUGCGAACAAGAGAGGCUUUACCGUCGGUCCCACGAACAACCGAAAGUACUUUGAUGACGGGAGAAGUUCACUAGUCCUGGAUCGCGGCCCUUGGUCUUCAGCCGAAGAAUACAUUAUCGCGAAUGCAAAGCGCGAACGUGAAUCCAUUGGCGCCUUAGGUCCUUCUCCACGGCUGCAAGGGAUUUUCAACGGGCUCGGCCAGUAUCAGCCGUCAGAGGCUGCAAAGCUUCAUGCGUUAGACCUAUAUUUGACCUUAUCACACUAUCUCCUGCCCAAAAAUAAAGAGGCCGGUAAAGCUGUACUGUGGCAUCCUGAUCUCCACACAGAUAAUAUAUUUGUUGACCCACGAGAUCCAACCAAGAUAACUGGUGUGAUUGACUGGCAAGCUGUUCACAUUGCACCCCUUUUCCUCCAGGUCCGUCGCCCAGCAUUCUUGGAUUUUGAUGGUCCCAUUCCGGAAAGACUCAAACUCCCUAGGCUGCCGGAAAAUUUCGACGAACUGAGCCUAGAGGAACAGGUCUGUGCCAAAAGGCUCCGAAAUAAACAAGCAUUAGUAACGGGGCUCACCAAAUCUCUUUCCUCCGAUAGAGAGCCGAUAAUCCUUAAGGCAGAAAGAAUAAAACAACGGGAAAACCUGCAAAAAUGGCAAGAAGGGGUCGAAUUGAUGAAUGAUGUUGUUCAAUCUUUGGGUGUCUAUAGCGGCUGGGAUGGCUUCGUGAGUCAUGACGAGUACGAUGCGAUGAGGCAACGAGUAAGAGAGUCCCGAGAUGCUUUCUUGCGGCGCAUGGCCGGGUCAGACGAGGCAAAACGGGAGCAAUGGCGCAAAGAGAAUCAGUUUAAUUUACAGCUCCACAAGGUAUAA